CAAUUCUCUGGUUCUGGUUGUGUUUUGUGCAGCAGCAGCAGCUUUCCUUAGGGCAGACUCAUGUCCAUGCACACAGCCCAGCCUUUGCCUGCCGCAGAGCAGACUCCAUCCUGAAAGGGAGAGCCUGAGGAGCCGGUGUGAUCCUGGAAACUUUUGUGUGUGUGUGCCAGAGAGGGGGGAGAGAGGGAGACCUAGCACAAAGGAGAGUAAGGGAGGAAGGCAGGGGAGAGAAGGGAGCUUGCUUCAUGCACUGCUGAAGGCUGUCAGAAGCAGACUGUACGAGCAGCGCGCUGGCUGGUGUGCAAUUUAAGGGACAACGUUCAUUGACUUUAUUCCUUGAAUUGCUGAAGGACAGAUAUGACAUCUGACUGCUGCUUCUAUAUGUUCUUGCUUAUUGGUACCAAGGUCAUCCAUGACUCUUUGGAAGAUCAUGUUUCUGGAGUUGGGGUCAGGUGCCCCCUGGGCUACUUCCCAUGUGGCAAUAUCACAAAGUGUUUGCCCCAACAACUUCACUGUAACGGUGAGGAUGACUGUGGGAAUCGGGCCGACGAAGACAACUGUGAAGACAACAAUGGAUGGUCUCUGCAAUUUGAUAAACAUUAUACAAAGGACAAAUACAAUAAACUGAAAUCUCUGUAUGCAUUUCAGACAAAGACACCUGAGUGCUUGACUGGUGCUGUGCCAGGAGAGUGUACCUGCCAAGGGCUGGAGAUCUUCUGCGAUGCUGCCAAAAUGCAUACUGUCCCAUCAGUCUCUUCAAACAUAACCAUAAUGUCUCUUCAGAGGAAUCUGCUAAGGAAACUUUCUGCUGACAUUUUCAAGAAAUACCAAGACCUUAAAAAUCUGUAUCUUCAGAAUAAUAAAAUCAGAUCUGUAUCUGAACGUGCUUUCAAAGGUUUAUACAACUUGACAAAACUAUACCUGAGUAACAACAAGAUAACCAGUUUGAAGCCUGGUGUCUUUGAAGAUCUCCACAGACUUGAAUGGCUGAUAAUUGAAAAUAAUAGGAUAAAUCGGAUCUCCCCAUUAACAUUUUAUGGACUCAAAUCACUUAUUUUCCUAGACAUGAUGAAUAAUUCUCUUGCUCAUUUGCCUGAUAAACCUCUGUGCCAAUAUAUGCCAAGACUAAACUGGCUAGACCUUGAAGGCAACCAUAUCCAUCAUGUAAGAAAUGUCACUUUCAUCUCCUGCAACACUCUAACUGUACUGGUGAUGAGACGAAAUAAAAUCAGCUCUUUAAAUGAAAACAGCUUUUCUUCUCUCCAGAUGUUAGAUGAAUUAGAUUUGGCUAGCAACAAGAUUGAAUCACUUCCUCCAUACAUAUUUAAGGAUCUAAAGGAGCUUUCACAACUGAACGUUUCUUACAACCCCAUCAAGAAAAUACAAAUAGACCAGUUUGAUUUUCUAAUUAAACUCAAAUCCCUCAGCUUAGAGGGCAUUGAAAUUGCAAACAUCCAGAGAAGAAUGUUCAGACCCCUGAGAAACCUUUCCCACAUAUAUUUUAAGAAAUUCCAGUACUGUGGAUAUGCCCCUCAUGUGCGCAGCUGUAAGCCCAAUACUGAUGGGAUUUCAUCCCUUGAGAAUCUUUUGGCUAGCAUCAUACAGAGAGUGUUUGUCUGGGUUGUAUCUGCCAUCACCUGCUUUGGAAAUAUUUUUGUUAUCUGCAUGAGGCCUUACAUCAGGUCGGAGAAUAAGCUCCACGCCAUCUCAAUAAUGUCUCUCUGCUGUGCUGACUGUCUGAUGGGAAUAUAUUUAUUUGUGAUUGGAGCGUUCGAUCUUAAAUAUCGUGGAGAAUACAACAAGCACGCUCAGUUGUGGAUGGACAGUAUUCAUUGUCAAUUGGUGGGAUCGCUGGCUAUUCUGUCUACAGAGGUGUCAGUCUUACUGUUGACUUACCUGACUUUGGAAAAAUACAUCUGCAUAGUUUAUCCUUUUAGGUGUUUGAAGCCCAGAAAAUGCAGGACAAUUUCCAUUUUGGUUCUUAUCUGGAUAAUUGGGUUUGCUGUUGCUUUUAUCCCACUGAGCAAUAAGGAAUUUUUCAGGAACUACUAUGGCACCAACGGCGUCUGUUUUCCUCUUCACUCAGAACAAUCAGAAAGUUCAGGAAGUCAGAUUUAUUCUGUUGUCAUUUUUUUAGGUGUAAACUUGGCAGCUUUUAUCAUCAUUGUGUUUUCCUACGGCAGUAUGUUCUACAGUGUUCACCAAACAGCUAUUAUGGCUACUGAAAUCCGGAAUCAUAUUAAAAAAGAGAUGAUCCUUGCUAAACGUUUUUUCUUCAUUGUAUUUACUGAUGCACUAUGUUGGAUACCCAUUUUUAUUUUGAAACUCCUUUCUUUACUUCAAGUAGAAAUACCAGGUACCAUAACUUCUUGGGUGGUGAUUUUUAUACUGCCAAUAAAUAGUGCUUUGAAUCCUCUUCUCUACACUUUGACUACACGACCUUUCAAAGAAAUGAUUCAUCAGGUUUGGUAUAAUUACAGACAAAGAAGAUCCAAAAGAGGUAAAGGCAGUCAGAAAACAUAUGGUCCAUCAUUCAUUUGGGUAGAGAUGUGGCCCAUGCAUGAAAUCACGCCAAAGGUAACGAAGCCUGUACUUUGUACAGACUCCUCUGAUGCUUCGGUGACUACACAGUCAACAAGACUAAAUUCAUACAUGUAAAUACCUUUUGAAUCUUCACAGUGACAUCUGCACUGUUAGCUUCACAUCUGUGGGCUUACUGCUUUACAGCAAUGAGGAAAAAUGAGGGAGGUGUGACACCUGGGCUCACGCGAACGAAAGCAGGAAGAAGAGGGAGCAGUGUGUCUGUUUGCAGGCAGAACUGACACAACAAUAAUUUCACCAUCUCACAAUGGUACCUGACAUUUUGACAACUCAUCCUAGAUCAGAAUGAGAAGCCAGUUGUUUGGUUUUUUCUCCCGGAAGCCAGGAGUGUGGAAAAGGAAUGAAUUGUCAUUUGAAACAUCUCACCCUGAA